AUGGCAGUGAGUUUACUUGGUCGUGAGGUAUCUGACCUCUGCUUAGGCAAGCCUGCUUUGAGGUCUCUGUCGCUCACCACGACAAUAGCUGAAGCUCUAUUUGCUCUUAAAAACUCCGACUAUAACUUUUUAAGUGUGUGGAGUUGUGACCACACAGCAAAAACUAACAAAGAUUACAAAGGAAAUUGUGAAGAGGAAGGUUGUGAUGUUGUUGAGUGUAAAUGUGUUGGUAAAGUUUCUAUGGUGGAUGUGAUAUGCUAUCUUUGCAAAGAUGAGAACUUGUUGUCUCCUUCCGAUGCUUUCAAAGCACCUGUUUCUGUUCUCUUGCCUGAGAUUCCUGGGAUUGUUGUUCAUGUGGAACCAACUUCAAGCUUAUUGAAAGCAAUUGAUCUCAUCCUCCAAGGAGCCAAAAAUCUAGUAGUCCCAAUAAAGACCAGAUAUAGUUCAAGAAAAAAACAGCACCAAAAACUCUCAAUCGCCAGUCCCACCAUCCACAACGGCCGGGAAUUCUGCUGGUUAACACAGGAAGACAUAAUCAGAUACUUCCUCAGCUGCAUUGGCCUCUUUGCUCCACUUCCAGCUCUCUCCAUUGACGCACUUGGCAUUAUAAGCACUGAAUUUCUUACUAUUGACUACCACUCCCCCGCUAUCUCAGAACUUGAAGCCAUUUCUGGCUCUCUAGCGGACGAAACUUCAGUUGCUGUCAUUGACAGUGAUGGCAUCUUGAUUGGGGAGAUCUCUCCAUUCACUCUAGCCUGCUGUGAUGAAAGUGUUGCAGCUGCAAUCACUACCCUUUCUUCCGGGGACUUGAUGGCCUACAUUGAUUGUGGAGGACCCCCAGAGGACCUUGUUAGGGUGGUCACGGCAAGGCUUAAAGAGAGAGGCCUUGAAGCAAUGCUGCAAGAAUUCAUUAAUUCUAGUUGUUACUCAACUACUAAUUCAUGUCAGUCACAAUUUUCAUCGUCAGAUGAGGAGUCAGGGUGCAGCACCCCAGUUAGCGCAUUGCAUAGAUCAGGAAGGUAUAGUAGGUCCAUGAGUUACUCAGCCAGGAUGGUGAGAAGAGCAGAGGCAAUAGUUUGUCAUCCCAAGAGUUCACUUGUUGCAGUGAUGAUUCAAGCAAUUGCUCAUAGAGUGAAUUACGUGUGGGUCACAGAGGAUGACUGUAGCUUGGUUGGCAUUGUCAGAUUUUAUGACAUGUUAAAAGUUUUCAGGGAAAGUUUGGAAGAUAUGGCCUAA